UUUAUCCAUUGUUGGAGGGAUUUGUUAUGUCCUAGGCUGUGUUCCGACCUAUGACUAGAAGAUAGCAAAGAAUAGAAUAUAAUGCUUAUCAUAAGUGUAAAUACAGGGGAUAACAAAGUGGAAGUAGGCAAGAAUAAUGAUGGGCGGAGUUGACGGUCUCACCCCUCCACAGAUACUGCAUUCUGUUCACAGAACGCAGAAUCGUGGAAGUGCUGGUUCUGUGCAAAGAAUUCUAUCCGCAGAAUCUGUGGAGAGGAGAAAUAGGUCCCAGGUGUGGACCAAUACUGCUCGCCAACGACUCAUAUUAGACCCAGAUAUUAUAACCAGCCCAACUUUUGAUAAACCGAUCAUGAUAAAAUGCAUAAAUGGUGAAUGGACGGCUCUUCUAUUACCUUGUGUAGAAGAACAUGAACGUUCAAAAAUUGAGAAUAAAUCAUUAAAAGGGAAUAAAAAUAUGGAUGAAUGUUUUGCUUUAAACCUUCCAAAAGGAAAGGAAUUGCAUUUUAAUUUUAAUUAUUCUCUUGCGAGAAAUGAUCAACAAUUAAAACAAUUUGGGAAUAUUUUGAAUAAGUCUGGUAUUAGAUUCCCGGCCAGUACUUCUCUUCUGGUAAAAUGUACAAACCCUCUCAAUCAACUACGUUUAGACCAUUUUGAAUUGUGGAAGUGUAAACAAGGCAAAUGGCAAGUCUACAAUCGAAUUGAAUGCCCCAAUGUUAACCUAUCAACUAAUUGCCAAUUCAAAUUUACCCCUCCACGAGGCUCUCUGAAUUUCCCUCGAGACGUUGCGCGAUUAAAUGUUUUUCACGAACAGAGUCGCCAAUUUGUUCUUUUCAAUCAGAAUUUCCCUAAUGGUUCUAAGCUCCUUUUUUCUUGUGCAAAUUAUUCAAUGGAUUUAUUGAGAGGACCUAGCUUUAGUGUUUGCCGUAAUGGGGAAUGGCUUCCUCCACCUCCUUAUUGUCAAAGAUUAGACAGAACUAAGGCUAAUGACCAACAGCCGCCGCCAAUCGAAUUUCAGGUUAACGCUUGGAUUGGUCUUAAAAUAAAGAUGGACCUCAUUAUAAGAUACAUCCUAUACUAA